UAUUUACAGAACAAAAUAUGAAUAAAAAACAAAUGCGAACGUAUACUUCAAUAAUCUCUCAACCUUCUUCUUCUUUGUUUAUUCUUGUAUAUAGGCAAUUAGGCCUGUUCAUAAGCACAGCAGAGUUCAAUGUUCAUUCUUUAAAGUGAAAUUUCAUCUGGGUGUUUUUCUGGGCAAGCACAGAAAUCUCUCCUCAUUCAACUGGUGAUCUUUCAAACCUUGCUUUUUUUUACAUUUCUGUUCUUUUAAAUUCUUUGAUUGGUUUGGUGUCUACACCAGUUAAGAACUGGGAAUGUUUUGAUUUUUCUUUCUUUCUUUUGGUGGGAUUAAUUUUCUCCUUUUUCUGGGCCAUUUUUGUUUUUACUUGAUUGUGUACAAAUUCAAAGGCUAGUUAGAAUUGUUAAAACUUAAAAGUUGUCAUCGAUUCUUUUUCCCCCUUUUACUUCAGCUGCAAACAGUCAGCUAUUAUUGGGAAUGAUGUUUUGCCAGCAACUUGAAAAUUAGUUAGAAAAGUUGGCAACUUUUUGGUAAUUAAUUCGCAUGAAUUUGAGUUGACUUGCGAUCCAGAAUGGUCCGCUACAAUUGGAGUGUUGAUAAAUUAAUUUUUGAGAAGGUGGGAAGUUGAAAAUAUUGCAGAAGAAUGAUUCUUUUUUGUUCAUGAAUUUAUGUGGAUUAUACUGUCAUGAGGUGGUAUCUAUAAGCUGCAAUUCGUAGGGUAUUGAAUCAUUGGUGAAUCUCAUUUCGGAUUAUACUAUCAUGAGGUGAUAUCUAUAAGCUGCAAUUCGUAGGGUAUUGAAUCAUUGGUGAAUCUCAUUUCUUCUGUAAGAUUUACGCUUCAUCGAUUUCGCCUUUUUGGACUUGUGUAGGGCAAUGAAUUUCUCAGGCUGAAUAGGACUUGCCAGUUGAUAAAACUGAUACUCAAGAUUCGAGGUGGUUUACUUAUACAUAGUUGAGCAUUGGGAUUUUUGACCUGUUUAAGGGCGGAAAGGUUUCCAGGGAUCAUGUUCUCUGUGCAGAAAUGGAGCUCAUGGUCCCUGGUAAUAGUCAUUGCUUCUGUUGUGGCCUUAGUUUCAGUUGUACAUUUCUUUCUUUCCCCUGGGGGGCCAUUUGUAGAUGAUUUUGGGAAUCAGGAGGUCAAACACACCUCUUUUCAAUCAAAUGGAACCAAAGAAGAGGGCAAUAAUGUUCUUAAGGCUGGAUUCAAUGGCACUGAUAGUCUGAUGAAUGGGAUGAUUUACGGGAGCAAGCAAACAAAUGAGUCUGCUGAAAAGGGGAAGCAGACUGAGAAAAUAAUGCAGCAGGCAAGGGUUAAUUUAACUCUCCAAUAUCCUCCAGAUUCAAGGAAUGCUGUUUUCUACCGCGGUGCUCCUUGGAAGUCAGAAAUUGGGAGGUGGUUAUCUGGCUGUGAUGCAAAUGCAGCUGCAGUAGAAGUGGUUGAGGAAAUUGGUGGUAAGAGCUGCAAAAAUGAUUGCAGUGGUCAAGGCAUUUGCAAUCAUGGAUUCGGUCAUUGUAGCUGCUUCCAUGGAUUUGAUGGGGAAGAUUGCUCGGAAAGACUGCAACUAAGUUGCAAUUACACUGGAUCAGCAGAGAAUCCAUAUGGCCGGUGGGUAGUCUCGAUUUGCUCAGCUCAUUGUGACACAACAAGAGCUAUGUGCUUUUGUGGAGAAGGCACAAAAUAUCCAAAUCGUCCUGUGGCAGAGGCAUGUGGAUUUCAGAUAAAUCCGCCUUCUGAACCCGGGGGUCCCAAACUGGCUGACUGGACAAAAGCCGAUGAUGAUCUUUUCACAACAAAUGCAAGUAGACGAGGAUGGUGUAAUGUAGAUCCCCAGGAUGCAUAUGAUGGUAAAGUACUUUUCAAGGAGGAAUGCGAUUGCAAGUAUGAUGGUCUAUGGGGCCGAUUUUGUGAGGUGCCAGUGCAAAGUGUGUGCAUUAAUCAAUGCACUGGUCAUGGCUACUGCCGUGGCGGAUUUUGUCAGUGUGAAAAAGGCUGGUACGGAAUGGAUUGCAGUAUCCCUUCUGUUUCAUCCCCAGUUACUGAGUGGCCAAAGUGGCUUCGACCAGCACAGAUCCAGAUUCCUGAUAAUACAAAUCAAAGCGGGAAAAUAAGCCAUCUAAAUGCAGCUGUAAGAAAGAAAAGGCCCCUCAUUUAUGUUUAUGAUUUGCCACCAGAAUUUAACAGUCUGCUCUUGGAGGGCCGCCAUUACAAGCUGGAGUGCGUAAACAGAAUAUAUGAUCACAGAAAUGCUACAAUAUGGACUGAACAACUUUAUGGUGCACAGAUGGCAAUCUUUGAGAGUAUAUUAGCCAGUCCUCACAGAACAUUGAACGGUGACGAAGCAGAUUAUUUUUUUGUUCCGGUCCUUGAUUCAUGUAUAAUAACUCGUGCUGAUGAUGCUCCCCAUUUAAGCAUGCAGGAUCACUUUGGCCUGAGGAGUUCUCUGACCCUGGAAUAUUAUAAGAAAGCAUAUUAUCAUAUUAGCACCGAGUAUCCUUACUGGAAUCGGUCGUCUGGAAGAGAUCACAUAUGGUCCUUUAUGUGGGAUGAAGGUGCUUGCUACGCCCCUAAGGAAAUAUGGAACAGUAUGAUGUUGGUCCACUGGGGGAAUACAAACUCCAAGCACAAUCAUUCAACAACUGCAUACUGGGCGGACAAUUGGGACACCAUUUCGUCUGAAAGAAGAGGAAACCAUUCUUGCUUUGACCCGGAUAAAGAUCUUGUCAUUCCUGCAUGGAAACUUCCUGAUGCAAAUUCUCUGAUGUCAAAAUUCUGGGCCUGGCCUCGUGAGAAGCGGAAAACACUCUUUUAUUUUAAUGGAAACCUUGGACCAGCUUAUGAAUAUGGAAGACCAGAAGAUACUUACAGCAUGGGCAUAAGGCAGAAAGUGGCGGAAGAGUUUGGGUCAAGCCCAAACAAGAAAGGACAACUUGGGAAACAGCAUGCUGCUGAUGUAGUGGUUACUCCUGAACGUACUGAUCAUUAUCAUCAGGAACUGGCAAGUUCUAUUUUUUGUGGGGUUAUGCCUGGAGAUGGGUGGAGUGGCCGGAUGGAAGAUAGUAUUUAUCAAGGGUGCAUUCCUGUAGUUAUCCAGGAUGGAAUUUACCUGCCAUAUGAAAAUGUCCUCAACUAUGAAAGUUUUGCUGUUCGUAUAAAGGAAGAUGAAAUUCCAAACUUAAUGAAAGUUCUUCGGGGAUUCACAGAAGAAGAAAUAGAAUUUAAGUUGAAAAAUGUAAGAAAGUUAUGGCAAAGGUUCAUAUAUCGUGAUUCUAUUCUUCUGGAAGCUGAGAGACAAAAAAUUGCUCCUGGCAUUGUGGAGGGCUGGACUAGGGAGAUGUCUCAGUUACUUGAAGAUGAUGUUAUUGCAACACUUAUGCAGAUAUUGCACUACAAGCUGCAUAAUGACCCUUGGAGACGGAAGCUGAAACAUAAAAGAACGAAAGAGUAUGGAUUACCCGAGGACUGCUUGAUCUGAUGAUAGUGGAGAGAUGUAAACUAAUCGGAAGUAUAUCACAGAAGAUGGCACCAGUUAACAAGAAAACAGAAAGGACAAAUAAGAUCCUUCAUAUACCUAUACAUCAUACAAUGUUUAAACAAAGGGUGAUUUCAUUCCCUUUGCCUCACAAUCUGUGUCCAUAGAAAGGUCAGUUUUGUCUCCACAAAUGAAACUCUAGCUCCAGCCCUAUUGGCUAUUGCUCCAUCAGCCCCGACACAACUUUAUUACAGAAACUAGGUUAUGAUUCUGCUUAGGACUCCUUUUUUUUAAAAAAAUUUUAAAUUCAAUCAUUUUUUUGCAUGGAGGUAAGCAUCCCUAUACACCAAGAAGUUAUAGGUUUUUUUUUUUUUUUUGAAAUGGUAGAAAAUUAUAGGUUGUUUCUUCCUUUUGUUACGCACCCCCUCCCCCAGUCCUAGUCGUUGUACAGAACAAAGAAUAGAUCUUUGAAGUUAUAGAUGGGAAGAACUCCACCAUGUCAUCAUAUUCCCUUUGUUACUUGGGAUAGUUUCUGGCAUUUUUUUUUUUGCGGUCUUUCCUUUCUUUCCCAAGGACACAGAAUCAGUUUCUUGGGCUAGGAAGAUGCUUUAUGCUAUCAAAUUACAUCUUAAAAAACAGCUAAAUAACCAAAUCACUCUUAUGAAGAAAAUCUCUUACAGCAUAACUUGAUUCAUUUUAAAUAGCCUGACUCAUUAACCAAACCAAACGCCACCUAAAAAACUGAUGGCUAGUACUUGAACAAGUUCGGGUUAUCUUGGUGGCUCCAGACAAUCUUAUAGUACUUGGCACCUGAAAGAGAAGGGAGCAAUUUCACAACAUAAUCAUCAGACUGUUUUAGUUAACAGUGAAAAGUCAAUCCCUGGAUUUUCGAGGGGAUUAUUGAUACUGAUCAGAUUCUCUUCAACAUUGCUUUGGUUUUCUGUGGCCAUUGACGAGUCUGAAACCAAUCAGUUCCAUCUUUUCACGUGAACUGACCUCCAACAUUGUUGUUUUAAGUUUUCGUUAUGAAGCUUCCUUCAUGGUCAUCCUUUGUACUUUUUCUGGAAGAAUUCUUCAAACAGGUCCUUGUCGCUAAUGUAAGUGAGCAGCAUAGAUCAGUUCCGUGUCUAAGGUUAAUUUCUUCAUGCAUGGCAUACUUUCUACAAACAAAUACCAGCUUUUCUACUUCAAACCCUGCACUUUACCCCACAUGUUUCUUAUCUGCCUUCCAAUUGCAUGAAAUCAACCCAAAUGAAAUCGUGGUAUUAAGUACUAAAAUCAAAUUAAUUCAGUACUUGUGCGAUUCUAAUGUAAUGUUAUCCCUUCAAAAGCUAUAAAUACAUUGAUUGAGCUCUCUAUUAGGAAUAAAAUUAAGAGGAGGAUGGGGACUGGGUCCUGAGUUGAAUAUGGAUGGGAGCUAUUCGAAAAUAAUAAGUAACUAACUAUCGAUCUAGUUCACAUAAAAAAAAAAAAUUUUGGAAUUUUUUUCCUCUUAAUUUUCUUUAGGGAUACACUGUAUACACACAAGAACAGAUCUUUGAAGAUUAGUUCAGGGUAUCUGUACUAAUGAAAUAAAAUCUAUAGUACUAUACUAAGAGAGAAACCAGAGAAAGGAAAUCAAACUUCUCCCCCCCAUUGACACAUAGGACAAAAUUCUAUGUGUCAUUUUCUUAU